GGGAAGGGGAAGCAGAUGGUGAAAAGCAACCGAAACUGGCCAGAAAGCCUCAGGGAGUGUGGGAUCUCGCGGCCCAGCCCGGUCCACGCGGAGCAGAGCAGUGCCAAGAGAUCCUGCGCUAAUUACCACAGCUGAAAUAAGUGUCAGAAGGCAAGGGCUGUGUCUACUUUCAGGGAUGCCCGAGGAAGGUCGCCCUUACCCCUGGAUACGCUGGAGCGGGACCGCGUUCCAACGCCUGCUACCGUGGCUGCUGGUGCUGUUCAUUAUUGCGAUCUGCUGUUGGUUCCACUGCGGAGGACACCUCAGUAAGCAGCAGCAGAGGCUGCUGGAGCCACAGAUGCACUUAGCUGAGUUACAGCUGAAUAUCACAGAUCCUCGGAAGGACCCCACAUUGCGCUGGGGAGCGGGCCCAGCCUUGGGAAGGUCCUUCACACACGGACCAGAGCUGGAGAAGGGCCAUCUGCGGAUCCAUCAAGAUGGCAUCUACAGGCUGCAUAUCCAGGUGACACUAGCCAACUGCUCUUCCUCAGGCAGCACCCUGCAGCACACGGCCACCCUGGCUGUGGGCAUCUGCUUCCCCACUGCACACAGCAUCUGCUUGCUACGUCGGCGCUUCGGACAGGACUGUACAGUGGCAUUACAGCGCCUGACACCCCUGGCCCAUGGAGAUGUCCUCUGUACCAACCUCACCCUGCCUCUGCUGCCGUCACGCAAUGCUGACGAGACUUUCUUUGGAGUUCAGUGGGUAUACCCUUGACCACAACUCCAGGAUGGCUUGUGAAUAUUUUUUUCUUUUCAAGUUCUACGUAUUUAUAAAUGUAUAGUGCACACAU